UCACUGUAAAUGGGCAUGAGGGAUCUUUCUGGAGUGAUGAGAAUGUUCUAAAACUGGGUGAUGGUGAUGGUUGCAUAACUUGGUAAAUUUACUAGAAAUCACUGAAUUGCACACUUAAAAUGGAUGAAUUUUAUGGUAUGUAAAUUAUACUCCAAUAAACUUUUUUUUUUUAAACAAAGUUUCAGUGGAAUUUCAUGCACUAGAGUGUAAAAUCCAAAUGCUUCUGCCUGGUUUUCAAGUCACUCCUACCAGGUCCAAUUGUGACCUCACUCCAGUGCAGCCCCUCUGCAGUGCCUACUGUCUUCCGAGCAUGCCCUCAUCACCUGCUUUCCUGCUUUUGCUUAUGUUCUUUCCCCAGGUAGCUUAACUCAGCUCCAAACCCUGGGUCUUCCUCAUGUCCCCUUGCAAUUGCUGUUACCAUCAGUCUUUGUAUCUCCAAUCUUAUGACUUUGCCUGUUAUGCACUUAUCCACUGUGCUAGGUGUUAGGUGUUAGGAUAGAGGGCAGCCCUGCUGAUGCAUUGUUCCUGCCCCCCCAGGAUGAUCGUCAGCCUCUAGCACACCGUCUGGCAUGGGGGCACAUUUGUUGAAUGAAUGAAUAGACCCACUAUUGACCUUUCCUCUUGCAUCCUCCUGCACUUCAGCAAACUUUUCCAAGGAAAUCCUAUGCUUUUCUCACCUGUCAGUAAAGACAGCUAUCAACUCUUGGUUAUACUGGGUGAACAAACUAUAGCCAGGCCAGUCUGGCCCACAGAUGGUCUAGAGAGUUGGCCCAAGAUCAGUACCAAAUCAGCAGUACCACAGAGUAAAAACCACAGGAUUUUGCACCCACUGCUAAAAUCCAAUAAUUUUCUGAUGAGAUCCUGACACCCCAGGUGGUGAGGGCAGGCAUCAAGAGAAAAAGCUGAAAGGACAUCACUAAUGCUGUUACACAUUAAGCCCUUGAUCUAGGACUGAUGAAAUAAAAUUUAUAUUUUAAGGCAGGACAAGAAAAAACUAAACAUAAAAUUUUCUCUGUGUGUUUGUUUGGACCUCCUCCCUCCCUCCCUCACGUGCAGUGUGCAUCCACAUUACACAUUAACCAGAGCUCCUCAAAGAUGGGCCUGCUCUACAGUAAAGAUCAAUUUCUUUCCUAGCAAUGUAACUUCUUAAAAGAAUAGUGUUCUUUCCCAGCUCUGUAGGGGGUCGUGGCGACUUGCUCGCUUUGUACGUGCUUACGUGGACCAUGUAUCCUUGGUGAACUUUAUGUAAAAUAUCAAUAUGUCAUUUUGACAUAAAAUCCUUUGUCUCGAAAACGUAUGUGACUGUGCCUUAGACUCCUAACAGGUGGAAUGGUUCUCAGAGCUUUCUAAGGAUAUGCUUCCCGGAAUGGGCAUCAUCAGAAAAUCUACAAACAACAAAUGCUGGAGAGGGUGUGGAGAAAAGAGAACUCUCCUGCACUGUUAUAUAUAUAUAUAUAAUAUAUAAUAUAUAUAAUAUAUAUUAUAUAUAUCAAUAUACAGCCACUAUGGAGAACAGUAUGGAGGUUCCUUAAAAAACUAAAAAUAGAACUACCAUACGACCCAGCAAUUCCACUCCUGGGCUAUACCCUGAGAAAACCAUAAUUCAAAAAGACACAUGUGGCGCAUGCUCCGCCCACCCCAGAGCCUCGCCCUCCGCCACGAUGAGCAAAUGAGGGCCAGAGAGGGCGUGAAAUUUAAAUUCUACUCAGAGGAGAAAGUGUUGUGCUUCGAGCCUGACCCCACCAAGGCACGAGUGCUGGAUGAUGCCAAGAUUGUCGAUGUUAUUGUUGGUAAAGACGAAAAAGGCAGAAAGAUCCCAGAAUAUCUGAUCCAUUUGAAUAGUUGGAACAGAAGCUGGGAUAGAUGGGCAGCUGAAGAUCAUGUCCUUCGUGACACCGAUGAAAAUUGGAGAUUACAGUGUAAAUUGGCAAGAAAAGCUGUAGCUCGUCUGAGAAGCACAGGAAGAAAGAGGAAGCGCUGCAGGUUGCCAGGUGUGGACUCUGUCUUAAAAAGCCUCCCUGCUGAAGAAAAAGAUGAAAAUGUUGAAAACUUAAUAAGUAGUUCCUCUGAUGACAGUAGUGAAGAAAAGGAUGAAGAAAUAAGUGAAGAAAGUGACAUUGAAGAAAAGACUGACGUGAAGGAAGAACCAGAGCUGCACGCAAAAAAGGAAAUGGAAGAAAGAACAAUAGCUGUAGAAAUCCCUGAAGUUCUGAAGAAGAAGCCUGAGGACGAUUGUUACUGUAUCAACAGGAGGAAACGGUUAGUGAAACUUUCAUGCCAGACCAACAUCAAUUUGGAAUCGUACGUGAAGCAUUUUGCUAUCAAUACAGCCUUUUCAGCCAAGGAGAGGCCUCAUCCCCAUCAGGCUAUGCCACAUGCCAACAUGAGUGUGCAUUAUAUCCCAGCAGAAAAGAACGUUGACCUUUGUAAGGAGAUGGUGGAUGGAUUAAGAAUAACCUUUGAUUACACUCUCCCAUUGGUUUGGCUCUAUCCAUAUGAACAAGUUCAGUAUAAAAAGGUGACUUCGUCCAAAUGUUUUCUUCCGAUUAAGGGAAGUACCACAAACGCUAAUCGGAACCCAGAGGAUCUCUCUCCAAGCCCACCUUUGUUGAAUCCAUCCACACCACAGCCCACAAAGAGUCAGCCAACCACAGGCGAGCCAGCCGCCCCCAAAAGGUGCAAAGCCGAGCCGGAAGCCUUGCAGUCUCUGAGGAGGUCCACACGCCACUCUGCCAAUUGCAACAGGCUGUCUGAGAGCAGCGGCUCGCCUCAGCCCAAGUGCCGGCAGCAGGACACGUCUGCCAGCACGCCCAAGCUGUUUCUGCACCUGGAAAAGAAGACGCCUGUUCAUAGCCGAUCAUCCUCACCUGUUCCUCUGACCCCUAGCAAGGAAGGGAGUGUGGUGUUUGCUGGCUUUGAAGGCAGAAGAACUAAUGAAAUAAAUGAGGUCCUCUCCUGGAAACUUGUACCUGACCAGUUACCCCCCAGGUGACCACCUCCACCCUCUUAAAUUUAUGGGGCGCAACACUUGCUGCAAUUGUUCGUGAAACUUCCAGAAAUCCUGGGAAAGAUGUCCUUUUCUGAGAAGAAUCUGAAGGCUUUACUGAAGCACUUUGAUAUCUUUCUGAGGUUUUUAGCAGAAUACCAUGAUGACUUUUUCGCAGUCUGCCUAUGAUGCUGCCUGUGAGGUGCACUACAGCACGAAGAACCCCAGGGUGAUUAUUAAGGUUUUGAUGGUUCUGGAAGAACAGCUUCUCUAUCUAGCUUUGUGCUCUCGGUCCCCAGUAAAGAACUAGGGAGUUGGUGGGCCUUCCAUACAGGCAGAGCGAAUGCGAUACCCCCCUUGGGGGGCUGUGGCGGGCCCAUUUGUUUGAGCUGCUUACCUCCCGUAGUUAUUUCUGUUAUGGAUUACUUCCUAGGUGCCUGAACGGCCUCCAACAUGUGACCCUUGCCAUGGUACAUGUCACCUGUGACGGCGGGAAACGAGCAGCUGUGUUCACAGUGAAAUGGUCAUGAAAGUGUGUGUAGGUUGGGCUGUUUCAGUAGACAGGAGUUACUUGUUACUAAGAACCACAUUUUUUUAGUUAUUUGUUAGCAUUAAACAAAAUCGUUUUGCAAGCCGUUUUCAUUCUUGUGAUUAGGCUGAGCAACAAAACAUUAGUUUUGCUUGGAAACUGAAGAGUAGUCCCAGAGUAUUUUAGAGGGAGUUGAUAUUGAUGGCAAAAGAAAAUUUGCAGCUAUACAUUUGCUUGUUACAGUUCCUUUUCUAUAAAACCUUAUUUUUGGUGAUCUAAAUAAAGCAUUGCCUGAAUGUUUGAGAUUUUAUAGCUACACUUGGUUGUGUAAUGUUAUAGUUCCCUUUCUGUAAGAUGUUAUUUUUGGUGAUCUCAAAUAAAUCAU